GAUUCUCUGUGGGGUUUUCACAAAAUCAAUCACUUCCUCCUCCUUUGUAACUGGAGCUGGUCAUUUUGACUCAUGACACUCCCAGGGUUCUGCUUUUGUUUCUUUGUUUGUUCUUUUUCCCCUUGAUUACCACAAACUCGGGUCUAGUAGAUUGAAUAGAAUAAAGAAGUAGUUAAAGCAUCUGUCAGUUUGGCUUCAAAUCUUGCAGAACUACUGCAACUAACUGAAACUGAAAGAGAAGAAAAACUAAACCUCUUUUUUUGAUUAUUCAUACUGCUCACUCCUGCUCAGUUCUACUUCGUUGUAGAAUUACUACCAUUACUAACAUUACGUUAUUUUACUUUCUUUUGCACUCCAUGUGAAAAUGGCUUGUGUCAUGAUUCUACUCGUAAUUCUGAUCUUUUCUGUAUCAGCUUUCAUAUGCAUGGAGUGCCAGGAGAAUGUAACCACUGUUGAAGGUCAUGCUACGUUACUCUUCUGUAUAUUAGACCCAGACAAUGAAAACUCAACAUUAACAUGGACUAAAGAUAACCACACUUUAGAACCAAGCCCACGUAUUAAAAUGAAGGGCCAAGAAUUGUGGCUUUUAAACACUACAUCAUCCGACGCUGGCCUUUAUGCAUGCCAAAGCUCCAACUCAACUUGCAGCAUGGACUCACGAGUGUUCUUGUCUGUUGAGGCCGGACCUUGUCCAAGUCCCAAAGACCCAGCACUGGCACUGGAGGGAACCAACUUCACCCUUGACUGUAAUGAAGAACUCAUUCCGGUUCUGGGCCAGAGAUUGCAAGUGCAGUGGUGGAAGGACUGCAAGUCAACAGGCGUACAAGGCAGUGAAUUCAGUCUUUUAAACGUAUCCAUGAGCAACAAAGGCAGCUAUACCUGUAUGGUUAUCUUUAGAUAUGAAGACAAAAACUACACAGCAUCUCACACCUUUCAGCUCACAGUGGUAAAGAAAGAGCCUGUGGUGAAGCCUAGUGUAAUACAACCUCAUAACAAGACUCUGCAUGUCAAGCCAGGUGUGGAAAUCAAGUUGGAAUGCACCGUGUUAAUUGGUUUUGGAGAGGAAUCGAAGCCUGAAGCCGCUGUAUACUGGUUGAUAAAUCACUCUUACGUUGCGUCAUACCCAGAGCUUCAGGAGAACCUGACCACAGAGAUGAGAGAGGACUUUUUGCUGUAUGGCAAUUUAACGUUGUUCAUUCCCAAAGUUCUACCUGAAUUCUUCGGUGUACCUUUUCAGUGCAUUAUUUUAAGUCCCAGUGGAAUGGAUACAGGCCAGGUGUGGCUCAGCCAAGAUGAUGAUACCAUCCAUGCAUGGCUGAUUAUUGUUGCGCUCCUCACAUUUGCGGCUGUUGUGGGUGCUGUCCUAAUAUAUUUCGUUAAAAUAGACCUAAUUCUAGCCUAUCGUCAAUGCAAAACCCCUAAUGACGGGAGCCUAUACAAUGCGUAUGUGUUGUGUCUCCAUGGCAAAAGUCCUGGUUCCUCUACAGCAGUGGACUUGGCCCUGAGGAUCUUACCUGGGAUGUUGGAGCAGCAGCAUAACCUCAAACUGUUCAUACAAGGCCGUGACACAGACACAGAAGAGAGUAUUCACAACAUGACUGAUGUGUUGAGCCGGAGCAAGGCGGUGGUGCUCAUCCUUCCAGGCAAUAAUGGAGAAGAGAAUUUGAUUCCACUAAGUCAAGACCAAAACAGGCUUGAAGACUCACAACUCUCAGUCCUUUUUUCUGACAUCGCUCACUCCGGCGUCCCACUCCUUCUGGUGGAGAGUGAGGAAGAUGCUGAUUAUUCACUUCUGCCAGGGUCUAUCCAGUCCAUCGUUAAAAAGGACAGAGUGCUGAAAUGGAAGCCAACAGUGCAACCCAAUGGUCGUUUCUGGAAGCAGCUCAGAUAUCACAUGACCUGAGAACAUGUCUCUGUAUAACACCAUACAACAAUAAUAAUAUUUUUCUUAAAACAAUACACAGGUAAAAGUUUGCUAUGCUAAUAUACUGUUCCUUUGCUUAAACUACUGUAUGCUAUACCUUUUCACCUGUAAAAAUCUAUAUCGUUUCAAUUAUUUAACAACUGCAUUGCUACUAUAGUGUUAUACAUUGUAAUUUUUAAACAGAUAGGCCUACUGUACCAUGACACAUUUAUCAUACUACACAGUCUUCCUACAGUUACACCUCCAGUAGAGAUAUUGCUAUGGAUCAGAAUCUAGCCAAUGACCAGAAAGAAAUUCAGUGUAGCCCAACUUAAGAAAUGUAAACCAGACGCUUCUGUUUUGCUUCCUUCUUUCUCUUUCUGUCCAAAUAUAAAAACAGGUGUCAGAGCUCCUUUGUGCUACAUUAAACACAACUGUUUGGACCCUUCUUUUAAAAGGUUAGCCUUUUACUAUGUAUCACACGCUAACCUACAGAUGGCUGAUAAUUUAAAAGAAAAACUGGUUUUCUGUUAUGAUAUGGGGGGGCAUUUAUUUAUUUUGCUGGCCUGGUUUGAGUUCGUGUUAGCACAUGGUGGCUUAGUGGUUAGCAUGUUCGCCUCACAGGGUUUUGGGUUCGUUUGCCGUCACUCCACGUGUGUGGAGUUCGCAUGUUCUCCCCGGCUGCGGGGGUUUCCUCCGGGUACUCCGGUUUCCUCCACCAGUCCAAAGACAUGCAUGGUAGGCUGAUUGGCAUGUCCAAAUUGUCCAUAGUGUAUGAAUGGGUGUGUGAAUGUGUAUAUGAUUGUGCGAUGGAUUUGCACCUUGUCCAGGGUGUGCCUUGUGCUCCAUGCUCCCUGGGAUAGGCUCCAGGUUCCCCGCGACCCUGUAGGAUAAGCGGUAUAGAAGAUGGAUGGAUGGAUGAUGGAUCGUUUGAGUUCAUUUGUCCCCUUAGAGGGAAGAGUCACUGCAAAUCAAUACAAAGUUUGACUGAUUUACUGAUCUUUAUACAUCGAUCCUGAUAGGUGUUUUUCUGCUAUAAAUUUUCAUACAUACACAAUGUGUAAAAUUAAACAGCAAAUCAUUAAUAUCAAUAGUUAAUUUGGUGGCAUGGUGGUGCAGGAUCCCAGUUCUAUCCUGUGAGUUUCUCUGCGUGUUCACGUUCCCGUGUCCCUGAAGGUUUCUCCAGGUUUUCCAGUUUCCAAAAACUGCCAAAACCAUGCUGGUAGGUGGACUGGUUAUGCUAAAUUGACUGUAUUUGUGAAUGAGCGUGUGCAUGGUGCCCUACCAGGGACUGGCAAUUCAUUCAGGCUGUAUUCCCACAUCAUACCCAUUAUUCCUGGGACAGGCUCUGGAUCCACCAACACCCUAUCCAGAAUAAAGCAUUUACUGAAGAUGAAUGGAUAAUUAAUGAACAAUGUUAUGUAGUCCAUGUGGAAACAGUUAUUUAGGUUAUAUAAUGUUUUUUGUCCCCCCCAGCUUCCACUGGUUCUUUUGGCACUGGUUCUUUUGUUUUAAAGUCAGUUGUGACCUUAAAUUACAGUUUAUCCACUAACUACACCUGUGAUUCGUGUAAAUAUAGUUUUCAAAUAACAAUAACAAAUAUUAUUUAUACUGAACUCUCAUGUACUACAAUAAAACGAACAAAUAAUAUGCAAGAUAUGCACAGUAGUGCCUUAUUUGCAUAUAAUAGAAAAAAAUAGAGACAAAAUAAAUCAUAUGAAUACAAAAUGUAUUGCAUUAUAUUUCUUUUUAAUGUGAGUAACAGUGAAUAAUAAACAUUUAUUCUGGG